AUGACGCACCAAGAAAUCGCACAGGUUCGAAAGCCAGCACCCAGGUUUACCGCGAAAGCCGUUGUUGACGGCGUGUUUGAGACUGUCUCUCUUGACAGCUAUAUCCAGGACCCAGAAAUCAAAUAUAUCCUCCUCUUCUUCUAUCCGAUGGAUUUCACCUUUGUUUGCCCAACUGAGGCAUGUGUAGUCGCUAUUAUUGCUUUCUCCGAGAGGAUCGAGCAGUUCAAAGCGCUAAAAACGGCAGUCCUUGCUUGUUCCUGCGAUAGUGAAUACAGUCAUCUUGCAUGGGUCAACACGCCAAAAAAAGAAGGCGGCCUUGGUCCCAUGAAGAUUCCUCUUAUUGCCGAUAAAACUCACGAAAUUGCCAAGAAGUAUGGUGUAUAUCUGGAAGAGUCGGGGUUCUCCCUUCGGGGCUUAUUCAUCAUUGGUGGCGACGGUAUUGUGCGGCAGAUUACGAUUAACGACACACAAGUGGGUCGCAGUACCGAUGAAGCACUGCGUCUCAUUGAGGCGUUCCAGUUUAGCGACGAGUUUGGUGAAGUUUGCCCUGUCAACUGGAAAAAGGGUGCUUCGACAAUUAAGCCUGAGGUUACUGAGAGCAAAGAAUACUUUGGAAAACAAAAGUAA